AUGUCGAAGAUCACAGUCGCCGGAGUGCGCCAAAAUGUCAGGGAGCUUCUGGACUACUCCAACAACCAGAAGAAGAGAAACUUUCUCGAGACCGUCGAGCUCCAGAUCGGUCUGAAGAACUAUGACCCUCAGCGUGACAAGCGUUUCUCGGGCACCAUCAAGCUGCCCUCCAUCCCUCGCCCGGGAAUGACUGUCUGCAUUCUCGGUGACCAGCACGACCUCGACCGUGCCAAGCACCUGGGCAUUGACUCCAUGUCCGCUGAGGACCUGAAGAAGCUGAACAAGAACAAGAAGCUCAUCAAGAAGCUGGCUCGCAAGUACGAUGCCUUCCUUGCCUCCGACGGUCUCAUCAAGCAGAUUCCUCGUCUCCUGGGACCCGGUCUGUCGAAGGCCGGUAAAUUCCCGACCCCCAUCUCUCACAGCGAGGACAUGGCCAACAAGGUCAACGAGGUCAAGUCCACCAUCAAGUUCCAGCUGAAGAAGGUGCUCUGCUUGGGUGUUGCUGUUGGCAACGUUGCCAUGACCGAGGAUGAGCUCAUCUCCAACAUCAUGCUUGCCAUCAACUACCUGGUCUCCCUGCUGAAGAAGGGCUGGCAGAACGUCGGCAGCCUUGUCAUCAAGGCUUCCAUGUCUCCUCCCAAGCGCCUCUACUAA